AUGGAGGGGAGCCGCGUGAAGCAGGAGCCCGAGUGGGACCCCGGCCGCGUUGUUAAGGAGGAAGCAGAAUUCGUGGAUGAAGAGUGUGUGAAGGAGGAGUGUGAGGACAGCACAGACGGGUGCGGCGUGAGCGAGGCAGCCAUGCUGGCCGGCCUGUACAACAACCACAUGGUCAAGGACGAGCUCGUGCUGGGGCCGGAGCGCCCACACCGCCCCAUAGUCGCCCCGGUGGUGAGAGCGCCCACUCUUGUCUCCUCUGCUGUGGUGUCGGGUCGGCGCCGCUCGUGCUCGGUCAGGCUGGAGCGCCUGCUGGUGGACGCGGAGCGGUGCGCCUGCCGGGUCGGGCGCCGCACAUACAAGCUGCACGCCACCGAGCCAGCACCCACACCCCAUGUCACCACCACCAUCUAUCAAUGUCACCAUUGCGGCAAACGGUUCAGGAACAAGUCGGUUUUGGAAAAACACAUACGCUCUCACUUGUCGUUAGGACCGUCGAGUAAUUCGGCACGAGAGAACAUUACUUCAAAUUGUCAAGAAAUGUCACACAAGGAUAGGAAACCUUAUAAAUGUAGCACUUGUGAGUACAUGGCUAGUAAGAUAGAAGAUUUACAGAAACACCAGCCGAUACACACCGGCGACAAACCUUAUCAAUGUAUGUACUGUGACUACAGGAGCCGUCAUAGAGAAAACUUACGAAUUCACGAGAUGAUACACACUGGUAACAAACCCUUUAAAUGUAACUACUGUAAUUACAAGUGCAAUAGGAAAGUUCUUUUACGAAUACACGAGAUAAAUCACACUGGGGAAAAGCCUUUUGGCUGUAGUAGCUGUGACUACAAGUGCAACAGCAAAGCAAACUUACAACGACAUGAAAUGAUACACACGGAUGAAAAGCCUCUCCAGUGUAGUUAUUGCGAAUACAAGUGCAGAUGGAAACCAGAUUUACGAAGACACGAGAGGACACACACUGGGGAACACACUGGAGAAAAGUCUUUUGGCUGUAGUAACUGUAACUACAAGUGCAACAGCAAAGCAAAACUACGACGGCAUGAAAUUAUACACACGGAUGAAAAGCCUUUCCAGUGUAGUUAUUGCGAAUACAAGUGAAGACGGAAAUCAGGUGUACGAAGACACGAGGGGACACACACUGGGGAACACACUGGGGAAAAGCCUUUUGCCUGUAGCAACUGUGACUACAAGUGUAACAGCAAAUCAGAUCUAGGACGUCAUCAAAAGAUACACUCGGGCGAAAAGCCUUAACAUGUACAGUAAGCGUCAGAGAGACGACCUCCCUAAUAGCAGUAUAGAAACUGUACAAUAAUUCCGUCAACACAUUUAAGCUGUGGUUUGAUAAGCGGACAAUGGAUCCUAAGAAACCGGGUUCGACACCGCUGAGCAUUAGAAUCUAUUUUUUUGUUAGCACACCUAUAUUUAUUUAAACUUUAGUACACGAUAACAAAAUGUACAAAUGACUUAAUGCCUUGAGGCAUUCUCUACCAGUCAACCAUUGGGUCAAACAGAAAACUUGUACUUAGUGCAGGAUUGUAGACAAUGAGAAGAAUUAUGAAUCACAAAUCAGGUG